UAGGUCUAACACUGAUUUCCGUCUACAUCAAAAUGUUAGCUCUGCUAUUGAGGGGUUUUAGUCUAGACUAAAACCCUAAUAAUCCCUGCAGACCGUUAUCCAUGGCGGUGUUGAGCUGGAAGCAAGUGUUGGAAGACAACAACACCACUGACCCAAACUCCAUUACUUCUCUUUCCCUUACUCACAAAGCUCUCUCUGAUGUCUCCUGUUUGAGCGAGUUCAAGAAUUUGCAAAGACUUGAUCUUGGCUUUAACAAUUUAACUUCACUUGAGGGAUUGAAGUUGUGUGUGAAUUUGAAGUGGCUGUCUGUUGUACAAAACAAACUUGAGAGCUUGAAAGGGAUUGGAGGGCUUAUUAAACUCACUGUACUGAAUGCUGGAAAAAACAAGCUCAAAUCAAUGAACGAGGUCAGUGGUCUUGUGAACUUGCGAGCACUGAUUUUGAAUGACAAUGACAUUGUUUCGAUUUGCAAGCUUGAUAAAAUGCAAGAGCUGAAUACAUUAGUCCUUUCUAGAAAUCCAAUAUCUGGAAUUGGGCAAAGUCUGGCCAAAAUUAACUCAAUCACAAAAUUGUCUCUCUCGAAUUGUCAACUACAAGGUAUUGACUCUUCACUCAAAUCCUGCACUGAGUUAAAGGAGCUACGCCUUGCUCAUAAUGAUAUUAAGACACUUCCCAGUGAGUUGGCUUUUAAUAUAAAACUACAAAACUUAGACAUUGGAAACAAUGUUAUCAUGAAGUGCUCAGAUUUGAAGGUGCUCUCUUCAUUAGUUAACUUGAAAAACUUAAACCUACAAGGGAACCCCAUUGCUGAAAAUGAAGCUUUGGCCAAAAAGAUCAAGAAGCAGCUGCCAAAUUUGCAGAUUCUCAAUGCUAAACCUAUUGAAAAUGCCGUGAAAAAGGAAGAGGGUGGGAGAGUCGAUUUUGAAAAUGAAAGUGGUCAUCUUGAUAUUGCCGCUUCUGAUCGUAAGAGGAAGGGGUUGGUACAAACAGAAAAAAGAACCAAUUAUGAUGUGGGGGUUCCACCCGUUGAACUUGGCACAAGAGAGGAACAAAAGCACAAAAAACAGAAGAGUGAAGUCUUGAAGGAGAAAGCAUCAACCAACAAAAAUGAUACUGCUGUCAGGGACAAGGAAUCAGCUAAAAAGUCUAGUAAGAAGGCUAAACAACAUAAAGCAAGUGCCAUUGACGAUGGAGAAACUCCUUUUGCAGAUCUUUUUGGUCCUGAUUCAUCAGAAGAUCCAUUGACUAGUAGUCGGAAGGGCGUUAAUCAAAACACACUCCAAAAUGUUGAUGCAACUGCAGGCUUGGUUACAUUCCCAAAAAAGAAAAAGAAGAACAAGAAUCUGGUAACUGGUGCUGCUGCUCUCCAUUUGUCAUCAGUAAGUGAUGAAAUUGGAUUGGGUGGUACAUCAAUGUGGGGUGAGUAGAAAACCAAGCUGAGACUGUGAAGUUACCAACUGUCAUUUAAGCCCAGGUCUCCCAUUUUGCUAGAUUGCUGUGCAAUAAGACGAUUGCACGGUUUACACUUUACAUGAACAAAUUGGAUUAACUCCCUGAUAGAAGCUGCAAUUUAUGGUGCUAUGACUGCAAGUCAUAAGGGACAUAAUUCUUACUUGAAGGCCAGUUCAUGGAAGGAAAAGGAUGUUAUGUCUUGCUCUUGUUCGUCUUAGGUGUUUGGAAGAACAAAAAUAUCCAACUUGCCUUUACCAGGAGUACUUGUUGGGAAGAUUUUGUAUUUGUGGAGCCAUGGUAAAUGAGCCUAAUUUAAAAUCUUGUUUUGAGAACAUAUUGUGUUUAGAUAAUUAAUGGUCAUGUUUCCAAUGGCACACUCACAAAGUGUUAUCUGCCUGAAUUUCUAAUGCAUUAGAAACCUGAAGAAUGACCCUUUCUGGAUUGGCAGUGAUAUUA